AUGGAUACCUUUCGGUUGCUCUUGAUUAUAUCGAUCAUCAUCUCCUCAUCUUCAUCUUUCUCUCCUGCUGCCGCCGCCACCGCCGCCGCCGUUAGCAGCGGCGACAAAGUGACGCUCGCUCUCUAUUACGAAACCCUGUGUCCGUACUGUUCCAACCUCAUCGUCAACUAUCUGUACAAGCUCUUCGAUUCCGACCUCAUUUCCAUCACCGAUCUGAAGCUCAUCCCUUACGGAAACGCCAAAAUCAAACCUAAUUCAACCAUCACUUGUCAGCAUGGCCCGUGGGAAUGCAUACUGAAUACUGUUGAGGCUUGUGCUAUUGAUGUUUGGCCUGAUGUGAAGGAUCACUUUCCUUUUAUCUAUUGUGUGGAGAAUCUCGUAUAUGAGAACAACUAUACCUACUGGGAAACUUGUUUCGAGAAAUUGGGUUUGGAUGCGUCUCCCGUGACUCGGUGUUUGAAUAGUGAGCGUGGAACAGAGCUUGAGCUUGGAUAUGCAGCUGAAACAAAUUCACUUCAACCACCUCACACAUAUGUACCAUGGGUGGUUGUGGAUGGACAACCACUAUACGAUGUUCGUAUUUUCCUCUACUUUUCCAGACUUGAGUACCCGUGUCAUUUAAUACUUAUAUGCUGGCACUCUGCAAGAUAA